AUGACAAAUCUAAAAACUGUUACUACUACUCAGUUAAGCAAGAAGUUCUCAAACAUUGAAGACAAUUUAGAUACCAUCAACCUUGACUCAGAUUCUGGAUACAAUCCUGAUAUUAGAAGUAGUAGUCUCUCUCAUCCUAGUGAUACUGGUAGUGUAAGAUUAGAAAGUAGCUAUAGCUUUAGUAGCAUAAGAUUUGACAAUUAG